AUGGUGUCUCUGGCUACAGUAGUUUCGCCCACAACUAAUGGUCUACCUUCUGUCAUGGCUGUGAAAUCCACCCCCAUCUACGAGUCUUACUUGCUUUGCAAGGAAAGAGAAUUGCACAGCAAGUUUGAAGGCUGUCCUUACGUUCUCUGCUGUUCUGGGGACGACAUUACGAUGGAUGCUGAAGGAGAACACUGGUGCAAUAUCUGGUUGGAGUAUGCUGCUGGUGGUAGUUUGACCGAUCGUAUUCAGAGUUUUGGCAGAGGAUUGCCUGAGAGCGCAGUGAGACCAUACACAAAAUCUGUACUUCUGGGUCUGAGUUACAUUCACAAGAAGGGUUAA